ACCAUGUCUGGAACAAACAAUGAAGAAAGUAUCCGGUUUUCCAAUGUUUUUAAUGAUGCAAACGCAUGUACCCUUUAUCGUCUUGGUGAUAUCUUUUGGAAGAUCAGACGGUUCUUGAACAUUGGUAUGGAAGCAGUGCUAAGAGAAAAUGUGAAGGUGGUGGAUCAAUUUAUAUACAAAUUAAUCAACACAAAGAUUCAAACACUCCAUAAUUUAGAAGAUGAUGAGCUACCUUUAAAGAAAAGAGAUUUUAUCUCCAGGCUUUUGGAAACUAAAGAGACUGAUCCAAAGUACCUGAGAGACAUGGUCCUUACUUUCAUUACUGCCGGCAAAGACACAACUGCUUCUGCUCUUUCAUGAUUUUUUUUUAUAUGAU